GUAAUGGACCAAGGAAAUCAUUCAAGGGUGACUGAAUUUGUAUUGGUUGGACUUUCCACUUCGUGGGAACUCCAGAUUCUUUUCUUUGUACUCUUCACUUUGCUUUAUAUGGCCAUUGUGCUGGGAAACCUUCUAAUUGUGCUCACAGUGAUGCUGGAACCUGUCCUACACAAGCCCAUGUAUAUGAUGCUGAGUAACCUUUCUGUCCUUGAUGUUUGCCUGGCUACCUAUGCAACCCCGAAGAUGAUCACUGAUUUUCUUGCAGAGUUAAAGACGAUCUCUUUUGAGGGUUGCAUGGCCCAGAUAUUCUUUCUUCAUGUCUUUGCUGGUGGUGAGAUGGUGCUCCUUGUGGCAAUGGCGUAUGACAGAUAUGUGGCCAUUUGCAAACCCUUAAACUAUGCAGCCAUUAUGAGUUUUAACAAGUGUAUAGGCUUUUUGGUGGCUUCCUGGGUAAUUGGGAUUCUGCACUCCCUAAGCCAGCUGGCCUUCACCAUAAACUUGCCCUUCUGUGGCCCCAAUAUAGUAGACAGUUAUUAUUGUGAUCUCACUUUGGUCAUCAGACUUGCCUGCACUGAUACUUAUGUUCCAGAAGUGCUAAUGCUCUUGGACAGUGGUCUAAUGGGGGUGACUUCUUUCCUCCUGGUACUCAUUUCCUACACCGUCAUCCUGGUCACUGUACAGCAUCGUUCAUCAGCUAGUAUGGCUAAGGCACGUGCCACAUUAACUGCACAUAUCACUGUAGUGACUCUCUUUUUUGGACCCUGCAUUUUUAUUUAUGUCUGGCCUUUCAGCAGCUUCCCAGUAGACAAGAUCUUCUCUGUGUUUUCUACUGUGUUUGCCCCAAUAUUAAACCCAAUAAUCUACACUCUAAGAAAUAAAGAGGCAAAGGCAGCCAUGCAGAAGCUGAAGAACCAGCACAUAAGUGUCAGGCAGAUGUUUCAGCCUACUCCAGUAUCAACUGACAUGCUGCCUUGA